AUACUCGGAGUGACCUGCGACAACGCGACAUCGAAUGAUGUGAUGAUUGAAGAGAUGGAGAAGAUGAUCAUGGGCUUUCCGGGGCGUCGGGCACGCAGCCGAUGCUUUUGCCACAUCGUAAAUCUGGUGGCGAAGAGUUUGCUUCGUCAGUUUGAGCCACCCAAGCCAAGGAAAAAGAAGAAAAAUGAAGAUGGCACUGACGAGUAUGACGAGAGUGCGGAUGAUGAUCCCGAGCUGUCGGAUUACGACCGAGAGCUUCAAGAAUUGAUGGAAGAUCUCGAUUUUGACGAGACCGAGGAGAUCGAGGACGGGCAGGGCGACGACAUCGAUGGCCUGUGGGACGCGCGUGAGGAUCUCAGCACGGAGAAGAGGUCGUCGCUCGAGGAAGAGGUUCGGCCAGUGAAGAUGAUGCUCGUGAAGGUGAGCAUCAAUCACAUCCACAGGAGAAGAAACUUACCAUGGGUCUGGCUCGGUAGCUGCGCAAGAUCUCUGUCUCCAUCCACCGCUCGCCGACGCUCCUGUUGCCGAGUUGGAUGUUAG